AUGACAGUAAAGUUGGACUUUGAGGAGUGUUUGAAAGACUCUCCUCGCUUCAGAGCUGAAAUCGAAGUUGUCCAGACUGAUGUGAGCGAACUCGAGACUCGCCUGGAAAAGCUUGUGAAGCAAUGCCAGGCCAUGCUGGAGGCAGGCAGAGUCUACUGCCAGACCAGCAAGAGCUUCGUCAACGGCCUGCGGGAGCUCGGACACCAGUGGUCGACGGACAACAUGAUGGAGGACUGCUUGGAUAAAUUUUCCAAGAAGCUGUCUGUCAUCUUGGACGCACAGGGGGAAGUGAUUGAGACCAUUCAGAAGUCAGUGAGGACGAAGUUGCAGACCUUUGUGAAGGAAGAUGUUCGUAGGUUCAAGGAUGUCCGUAAAGAGUUUGAGCGCAGCAGCGAGACUCUGGAGGGGGCGCUGGUCAGGAACGCCCAAGCUCCACGAGGCAAGCAGCACGAGGUGGAGGAGGCGACUAACGCUCUGGUCAAUGCACGCAAGGCCUUCCGGUCGGGGGCUUUGGACUAUGUGCUGGAGAUUAAUGUCAUUGAAGCCAAAAAGAAGGCAGAUAUUCUGUUGGCCAUGCUGUCCCUCAUGGAGACCCAGGCUCAGUUCUUUCAACAAGGCCACCAAUCUCUGUCAGAACUGGAUCAAUAUUGCCAAAAACUGAGCGAAGAGCACACCCAGUUUGUCUUAAACUCUGCCAGGGAGAAGAGGGAUAUGGAGCAAAGGCAUGCAGCCAUCAAGAAAAAGGACAUGUCCUACGAUGAUUCUGUUUUGGAUUUCAAUUCUGAUGCUGCUAAUGGGAUAGCAAUGGAGGGUUACCUUUAUAAGCGGGCGAGCAACGCAUUCAAGACCUGGAGCAGACGUUGGUUUUCAAUUCAGAAGAAUCAGCUGGUGUAUCAGAAGAAAUUUAAGGACCAGCCCACAGUUGUGGUGGAGGACCUGCGCCUCUGCACAGUCAAGCCCAGCUCUGAAAACGAGAGGCGAUUCUGCUUUGAAGUGGUUUCUCCGUCAAAGUGCUGUUUGUUACAGGCAGACUCAGACAGGGAGCAGCAAGGGUGGAUCAGCGCAGUCCAAAACAGCAUCGCCUCCGCCUUUCAGGAGCGCAGAGAGGAUACACACAGCCCAAGGCAGCGCUGCAGCUCGGUGUCGAUGAGCAGUUUAGGAGGAGGCGGAGGAAUCGGGGAACAGGAGAGUGAAGGCUGCAAGGCUCUAGAGGAGAUUCAGGCAAUCCCAGGAAACAAGCAGUGCUGCGACUGCGGAGAGCCCGGUCCUGAUUGGGCUUCCAUCAACCUGGGCAUCACCCUGUGUAUCGUCUGCUCAGGAAUACACAGGAGCCUGGGAGUACAUUUUUCCAAAGUGCGCUCCCUCACUCUUGAUUCCUGGGAGCCAGAGCUCAUUAAGUUGAUGUGCGAGUUGGGAAACUCAGUGAUCAACAGGAUCUAUGAGGCUCGGAUAGAUGAGAUCACCAUCAAGAAGCCCCACCCCACCAGUCCCAGAGGCGAUAAGGAGUCAUGGAUUAGGUCGAAGUACGUUGAAAAGAAGUUUAUCCAGAAGCUGCCUGAGACGGGCAGAACCACCCUGCUGAGGCGGUCCAGUGCCAGGAGAACCCGAGCCACCACCCAGGACACGAAUGUUCAACGGCCGGCUCUCAAGCCCAAGCCGAACCGGGCCACGCUGCCUCGGCUCACAGGUAAAGCGGCGCCAUAG